GUUAUAUUCGCCGACAAGACGGCCGCCAAAUACGCGGCCGGGACUGCCAUCCAUUGGUACACACAUUCACCGCAUACUAAUCUCGACGAACCACAUAAAUUACACCCUGAUAAGUUCAUUCUGUCUACUGAGGCCUGUAUGGGACCUGGAGUUAGACUCGGGGCGUGGGAAUUGGCUCAGGCUUAUGGUUACGAUAUACUUGGAACUCUGAACCACCACACUGUGGGGUGGACCGACUGGAAUAUGGUUUUGGACACAUCAGGAGGCCCCUCCUGGAUCCCGGGUAAUCGGUUCGACUCUCCCAUAAUCGCUAACCUGGACGCCCACGAGUACUACCGUCAGCCUUCCUUCUACGCUAUGGCACACUUCGCCAAAUUCUUACGUCCCGGUGCCGUACGGGUUGACUCACCCAUUGUUAUACGAAACAAUACAGAGGCAACUGUCGGUGCCUUCCGUACCCCUCAGAACUCGACGGUUGUUAUUGUCGUUAAUAAUGAUGAGACAGACAUUGACUUUACUGUAGAGGACAGUAAGUCGGGAAAAUUGACCACAAAAAUAGAUCCAAAAUCUAUACAAACUUAUGUUUAUUACGAUUAAGUAGCUUAAUUAUUUUAAUGUAAAUUACAAAUUUGUGAUUUAUUGGAAA